AGAACGCUCGGUGCCAGCUCCCAUAUAUAAACUCCAGCCUUCCAGCAACAAACACUAUUUUUGUUAGAAAAGUCUUCAUCAGUCUUCAGGUGUAAUGGGGAAAGUAUUAGGAAAACACUUCUACGCUGAGGAGGACAUCGUCCCUGGAGGAAGGAAUAGAGAAGAAUCACAAGAUGGGGAAAGCCCACAGAGCAGGCACCUGGACCCCAACCCCUGUGAAGAUGAGUUGCCGUCCAGCUCCGUCCCUGGGCAAAAAAAGAGGAAAAGAAUAGAAGAUGGGGAAAGCGUACAGAGGGAGAAAAGCAGGAGACUGGACCUCAUCCUGGACCCCAUCCCCCGUGAAGAUGAGUUGCCGUCCAGCUCCGUCCCUGGGCAAAAAAAGAGGAAAAGAAUAGAAGAUGGGGAAAGCGUACAGAGGGAGAAAAACAGGAGACUGGACCCCAUCUCCUGUGAGGAUGAGUUGCCGUCGACCUCAGAGGACACUGAAAGCAGAAACCCACCCGAGGCGGCUCAGAGCGAGAGAAGCGCCGAUGAUGGACCGGUUCUAGACUCGUCAGCCAUGUUUAAGGCCAAGUACCGGCAGCAGAAGAAACUUGGCGAAGGAGGAUGUGGAUGCGUGUAUGCUGGCUAUCGUAGAGAGGAUAAUCUUCCUGUCGCUAUUAAGCAUAUUACCAUAGACGAAAAUCUCCUCCUUCACGAAGACACUGAUGGGCUCCAUAUCCCCAUGGAGGUCGCUGUGCUAAGGAAACUAGAGGCCGAAUCAGAGCGGCAUUCAGCACACGUUGACCUGCUGGACUGGUACAUUGUGGACGAGGAGCUGAUCCUGGUGCUGGAGAGACCGAUGCCGGCCGUAGACCUCUCCAACUACAUUGAAUCCAAAGGAGGCCACUUGAAAGAAAAGGAAGUUAAGGUUAUAAUUAAGCAGUUGGUGAGUGUAGCCAUUGACCUGCAGGAGAAACACAUUUUCCACCGGGACAUCAAGCCGGAAAAUCUCCUUAUUGAGACCUGCAUGAAGGCGCCGCGAGUUCGCGUCAUCGACUUCGGUCUGAGCUGCUUCGCCGAAGAAGACGACGCCUUUGACACCUUUUAUGGUACUCACAUCCCCCCAGAGUGGUCCAGUCGGGAGGAGUACAAAGCGGGACCCUCGACAGUAUACCAGAUCGGAAUGGUCCUGUUCUUCAUGCGACACAAGGCGGCAUCUACACCGGAGAUGACCUUUCAGGAGCUGAAUGAGACCAGUUGGCUUUCCAAAGAUGGCAAAGAUUUCUUUGAGGCGUCCUUAUGUGCGGACCCGGAUAUUCGUUUCACUCUGUACCAGCUGAAGCAUCACCCGUGGCUGAGAUAGCAUCACACACACAAACACACGCACAC